UGUUGAGUUUUACUGCGCAUGCUCCGCCCGAAGUCCCAGCAGUCACGUGAUAAGAGUUGAGGAAGAUGGUCGAAGUUUGUGCUUCCUUGAAGUGAAACCCGCGACUCUCCCCCAAAACAACCUGGGACGUCACUGAAGUUCACCCUGGAGUUCGGGCCUUCAUCCCAGCCCUAUGUCAUGGCAAGUGAAGUCACCAGGGCAGCCAGUUCCAAUGGUUACCAUAUAAAGGCACAGCUACAAAUCAUUGUGCUAUCAGCGAAACUGAAAGAGAACAAGAAAAACUGGUUCGGUCCCAGUCCUUACGUGGAAGUCACCGUGGAUGGCCAGUCCAAAAAAACCGAGAAGUGCAACAACACCCACAGCCCCAAAUGGAAGCAGCCGCUCACUGUAAUCGUGACGCCGUUCAGCAAACUGGUGUUUCGCGUGUGGAGCCACCAGACCCUGAAGGCUGACAUCCUCCUUGGCAUUGCCAUGUUGGACAUCAGUGCCACGCUCAAGUCCAAUAACAUGAUACUCUCAGAUGUGGUGCAGACCAUACAGCUGUGUGCCGACAGAGACCAGACAGACGUGGUGGGAGACCUGUGUGUCUGCUUGGACGGCAUGGCGGUUGAUACAGAGGUGUUUGCCAAGGCUGAAGUCGACUAUCACAUUAUGUCAAAUGGAGAUUCACAGCAGCCCAAUGGAGAGCAUACACCAAGACAUAGCAGAGACAGUUCGCCCUCCGUAGACAACAUAGAACACCGCUCAUCUCCUCAGGGGCGAAAGUCAGGGACCGUCUCCGGUUCUCCCAGGGUGUCGUCUGGGAGCGUGCGGCCACGUAGACCCUCCAGGCCUCCGCCUCCAACCCCUCGCAGACCCAUCAUUGCACCGGCAUCUACCAGCAACAGCUCUGCGCCAUCUGAAAGCAGUAUUGGUCAGGCGGGUUCAGACACACCCGUGCGUUCUACUGUCCCAGGACCCUCAGCAGCACCAGAUUCCAGUCCUUCAGGGAGUGCAGACAGGAACUCCACAGCGUCGACCUUUGGGCCCCCAGCAACCAGACAGCCAACCAGGGUGCCUGCAGUCAACGCUGGGCCGCUACCUCCUGGGUGGGAGCAGAGGGUGGACCAGAACGGCAGAUUGUAUUUUGUUGACCACGUCGAAAAAAGAACAACGUGGGAGCGCCCGGAACCGUUACCACCGGGCUGGGAACGUCGCGUCGACCAGAUGGGCCGGGUUUACUUUGUCGACCACAUCACGCGGACCACCACGUGGCAGCGCCCCACGAUGGAGACCGUGCGCAACUACGAGCAAUGGCAGCAGCAGCGUAGCCAGCUGCAGGGCGCCAUGCAGCAGUUCAACCAGAGGUUUAUAUUCGGGACACAGGACCAGACGGCAGCCACACAGAAUAAGGAGUAUGAUCCUCUUGGGGCUCUACCACAUGGAUGGGAAAAGAGAACCGACAGCAACGGCAGAGUGUAUUUUGUGCAUCAUCCUACAAGGUCGACGCAGUGGGAAGAUCCACGGACACAAGGCUUGUUGAAUGAUAAGCCGCUUCCAGAGGGCUGGGAGAUGAGGUUUACCGUCGAAGGUAUUCCUUAUUUCGUAGACCACAACAGAAGAACCACCACCUACAUCGACCCUCGCACUGGAAAAUCCUCACUUGAAAAUGGGCCUCAGAUCACCUACGUCAGAGACUUCAAAGCCAAAGUACAAUACUUCAGAUUCUGGUGCCAGCAACUGUCAAUGCCUCAGCAUAUUAAGAUCACUGUGACUAGAAAAACGCUGUUUGAGGACUCCUUCCAGCAGAUAAUGAGCUUUAAUGCUCAGGAUUUACGAAGAAGACUGUGGAUCAUCUUUCCAGGAGAAGAAGGCCUCGACUAUGGCGGUGUUGCAAGGCAAUGGUUCUUCCUGCUGUCCCACGAGGUGCUGAACCCCAUGUACUGUCUGUUUGAAUACGCCGGGAAAGAAAACUACUGUCUGCAGAUCAACCCGGCCUCUUACAUCAACCCCGACCAUCUGAAAUAUUUCAAGUUCAUCGGCCGCUUCAUCGCCAUGGCGCUCUUCCACGGCAAGUUCAUCGACACGGGUUUCUCGCUACCAUUUUAUAAGCGCAUCCUGAACAAGCCUUUAGCCCUCAAAGACCUGGAGUCCGUCGAUCCCGAGUUCUACAACUCCCUCAUGUGGAUCAAGGACAACAACAUCGAAGAGUGCGGCUUGGAAAUGUUCUUCUGUGUCGACAAGGAAAUCUUAGGGGAAAUCACCACCCACGACCUGAAACCUGAAGGAGGAGACAUCCAAGUUACGGAGGAGAACAAAGAAGAGUACAUCAGGUUGGUAGCAGAGUGGAGGCUGUCUCGAGGCGUAGAAGAGCAAACACAGGCGUUCUUCGAAGGCUUCAACGAGGUCCUCCCGCAGCAGUACCUGCAGUAUUUUGACGCCAAAGAGCUGGAGGUGAUGCUGUGUGGCAUGCAGGAGAUCGACCUGGCAGACUGGCAAAGAAACACCAUCUACCGACAUUACCCUCGAGGCAGCAAGCAGAUCCUGUGGUUCUGGCAGUUAAUAAAAGAGAUGGACAACGAGAAGAGGAUGAGGCUGUUGCAGUUUGUCACCGGUACCUGCCGCCUUCCUGUAGGAGGCUUUGCUGACCUCAUGGGAAGCAAUGGCCCUCAAAAGUUCUGCAUUGAGAAGGUGGGAAAAGAGAACUGGCUUCCCAGAAGUCACACGUGUUUCAACAGAUUAGACCUGCCGCCCUACAAGAGCUACGAGCAGCUGAAAGAGAAGCUGAUGUUCGCCAUCGAGGAGACGGAAGGCUUCGGACAGGAGUGAUGUUUUGAAAGCAGCCUCAAGAGGCAGGUACACAGGGAUCAAGACCACAAUGGGACUCUUGUGUGUUUCUUGCAUCCAUCCCAAAGGAAAACCUUUCCGAUCGCUAGCCUUCGUCGGAACCAAAAUCUACCACCAUUGAUCCCGUACCUCAGAAUGAGCGCCAAUUUAGGCAUGGUAGCAUUUGCCAAAUCCCCCUGAGAUCAUCAGUGAGGUUAAAGAAUCACCACUGGAGGGCAGCAAUUGUGUCUUGCUUUGCAUUAGUCCAAAUAUUCAUCGCUAGGUUAAAAGCGGGUCGCCAACAGUGACGCUGAUUGUAUUGUGUUGGCUCUUAGGGUGCACUCACACUUUUUAGGCAACCGUUUGUUGGUCUCGGCACGCUUGAAAAAGGUGCACCUGGGCUUGUCUGCUCAUGCAAGAGAGCCUAACCUGGGCGUGUAUACUAAUCAAUGAAAUCGCUCCUUCUGCUAGUUAUUAAUGACUAUCGCCACCUUGCAUCAUAGAAAGACUUGAAAGUCCACUGGCAGAUGCACGUAAAUAGAUUUGUCUUGUGCUCCCUCCUCCCUCCAGUUAUGGACGAUAACAGCCUCCUCGCACCAUAGAACCACUCAAAGCAAGCAGGGUCGGGCAAUUUGCAAUAUGGCUUGUAUGAUGAAGCGAUGACGUGUAGAGCAGUGUGAGUGCACCCUUAACAAAGCAACAUCCACCACAACGAUUGUCUCCUCCUCUCUCACCUGUGUAGCUCCUGUCCCGCUAACAAGACUUUUGAAAUACUUUCAAAGGUGAACUGCACUUCUUUUGGGAAUUUUGUCUAUCAUUCACAAUCUUUAAGUGAGAAAAACAAAUGUUUUCUCUCUUUUUUAAUGUAUUCUAACUUGUAAAUAAACGCUAGCAAGAGUCCGCUGACAUGGAGGUAUUGGGAUUUGCUGUAUUCCGCCUAAUAAGCGUUCUAAAAACAUCUAAAAGCCUCCGUCAAUGUAUAUACACGCUGAGUUUGUAUGUAAUAUAGCAACAGGCACAUUCAUAAUAACGUAAUAUGUACAUAUUUUGCUAAUUUUAAGCAUAAAUUGGCGCAUUAAUUUCACAGACGCAUCACAGCGUUCGCUAUUUCCUUCAACAACACUGCUAAUCAUGGCAGACUUCAUGAGCGCCAACCACGACUACUUUGGAACAAUUAAUGAUGCAAAACUUUGUAUUUUUGAUCCGAAUAUAAGGAGGAUGACCGACAAGUUUUAGAAGCUGAGUGAUAAGCCGAUACACCGCUAAAGAACCAAUGCUAAAGAAGAAAUACAAACUACAGACAUAAUAAAACAAUCACUUACUGUACAAUGUCGGCUCUCACCGGGGUGCCAAUUCAUGAGAUGUUUAUAUCUUCACGUUUAAAUAGAGAAUUAAUCAUGCAAGUAAAAAAAAAAAAGUAUUUUCGUGUCUUUCUCGACAUCUCCGGGUCUAAGUUGAAUGUCAAAGUUGACCAAUUUCUCGGUUUAAGGCCACCACCUUCUACUAUACAAGUGAGAGGCAUGAUUUAUAAUCGAGAAUUAACUUUCACCAGCUCAGCGGCAAUGCAGCAGCUCAGUGUGUCAAUAGCUGCAUAAGCCAGUUUCCUCCCUGUGAUCGCGGCGCCGCUAAAAGUAGUUCCUUUGCGUUAGCGCUGGUGACAACAAUAUCGCUAACGCUCGCUUUAUAUUCCGAUCACAAAAUAUAAAUGGAGUCUUGUUAGCAUUUUUUUGGGGAUGUUUUUAAUGGGCGCAAUAGAUGACUUUCAUUAGCUUCUUUGUAUUUUACAAAUUUGAAUGCAAAAAAAAAAAAAGAUGUGUUCUUGUCUUGCAUUGGAAUUGUGAAUGAUAGGCAAAAUUCCCCCAAAAAGUGCAGUUUCCAUUCAAGAAGCAAAAAUAAUGACAUAUAAGAACCAACUUGUGGUGCUUCACGCACACAUUGGGGAGGUGUGCCAAUGAGAAGCAGCCCUGGCUCGUUGCUUCCUGCAGUAUUUUGCUGUUAGACGGUGGGGAAAAUGGCAAUGUCUGCACUGAAAACGAGUUCUAGUUUUAUAGAACCGCAGUGAAUGAAGGUUAGCCAUCACCUGAGUGAGGAAUUACUAGUACCACCUUCUCAUGUUUCUGCUGUUGGUUUUUGUCAAAUAAAUGACCCUGACGGCGUCCUCUUAGGGGAUGACAAGUAUUCCAAGAUGGCAAUUAGGUAUAUUCAUGUAUUUUGCGGGGAAAAACACCAAAAAAGUCGAACCAAAUAACGUUUUGAGACUGUUUUUCUUAGCUAGAUCCUUUGACAUAGUGUUUUAACUGUUCCCUCUAGCUGCCCCCGUCACCCCAGAAGCUUUAGUGAAUUAAAAGUGUUACAUCCUCGAUGCUUUAUUACUGCAGCAACUGGGUAAAAUAAGCGUGAGCAAACAAUAAUAAGCAGCGGCGUCUUCGUUUUUGAAGAUUCUUCAUUUGAUGCAGGAAACCGAAACCAAAUGUGGUGUUGCUCGUGAUUCUGAUUCAUAAAUAAAACACUGGUAGUGUUUUUGACAAGGCGUUAAUUACACAGCGAGUGGAAGAUAACGUAGAAAAUAAUAGUAGUAAUAUUCAUGAACCUUGCCUUUUGUUGCUAAAGGGGUCCUAUUCUACAGUUGCUACAGGUUGAGCGCUGGGGUCAUUUUUAUGCCACUCCGAAAUCUGGUAAACAUUCGGGUGCAACAACUUUGAGAGGUUUCCCACGGAAUCUCACAUUUCACACGUCACAACUUGCUGGGUGUCACCUGGUAAUCAACGAGCGCUCUUUUGGACAGCGUCAGCCAAAACAUGUUUUUUAGACAUAAGAAAUGUGUAUCUUAAGACUUCAUUAUGCCCCCCUCAAACACUCAUUUAAACUUGAUGUGCACUCCCCAAAAAAAACAAAAAUGUAAAAGCUUCAAUAUGCUACAGCGUAGGCCAGCCUUUUGAUUCUAUUAUGGCUCAUCUGCGGGGGCUGAACGCAUGACUUGCAAUUCUGUGCCAGAACACCGGGGGCAGUGUGUUCCUCAACUCUUGUUGACUAGCUGUCAAUAGCUUCCUGAGUAGUAGUAGUAGUGAACAACAGCGACGUCCAGGUCGUUGUUGCAAGAUGAGCUAUAACAGGAUCAAGACAAAAGAGAUGUUUUUGGUGGAGGUUAAUUAAGACCUACCUGAGGGUCUCUUAACGGACAGCUGUUUCGUAAACAAAGCCCAGUCUGACACCAGAUCUCCAAUUUUCAUCUAAUUAUAUCCAAUUCUUCCUUAUUGAUAACGAUUAUCACAUAACCAGUUAAGGGGGGCGUGUGUCUCGGUGCCUGGGAGUGGCGGUCGGACCAGAGUAUAAUCGUGGUCACAGCUCCAGCAUGUCAGCCAAGAGGAGAAAAAUGCAGAUUUACCCCCGUACACAAUAAGAGAUUGAUGGAGUGUUUUAUUAAAAGCCCAUCUAAUGAGCAGGAUAUGGCCCCUUUAACUCCUAAUAGAGUAUUGUAUAUCUCGUUCAUUCAUUUUCUAACCAUUUAGAAGUUAGCAAAUUAAAACCCACAAAACAACCUCCUGCUUAUUUUACAUGCAGGACCUUUCAAGACCUGCAUGUAAAACUGUCACUCUCCUCCUCCACACAAAAAACUACUUGUAAAUACAAUUAAAAACAUUAAUUACAUGUUUGUUUUUUCCUUUUGUAAAGGGUUUUAAUAAGAGGUUUAUGGUAUCACUAUAUUUUUUCCUUCACCCUUUCUAAUUUCUGAUGUACAUGAAGUAUGUGGGGAAAAAAACUAUCUAUGAAAUGGUCACCUUAAUAAAUUAAAUCAAACCUUA